AUGACAAAAUAUGGGCGCAAUGAGAUCAAUCAUUUCAAACGACAAGGAAGUCAAGAUGAAGUUGAAAGUAUAGAUAUUGUCAAGGGAAUGAAUUGGAUGAUACUGGGAGAUCAUGAUGAAACAGAUCAGUUGCAGGAAUCCUACUCGGUCACUAGCUUUGAAGACGGCGUAGACAACAACAGCGAGAUUUCAAUAGAAGAGAUGAAGUUGUUUGAGGAACAUAUUCAAUAUAUUGAGAAUGAGAAGGAAAAAGCUCAACUAGAAACUGAAGAAGGAAAAACCUGCUAUGUUGAUUGGGAGAAAGGAGUAGGGCCAUAUCUUCAUAGCCAGAGCAAUUCUUCACUGCACUUUGAAGAGUUCCUUGGUCAAACACAAGACAACAUCCUAGAAUGUGAAGCCGAAUGUUUCAAGUUCACACUGAGGCAAGAGAACACUCUGAGCACAAGUAGCCAUGCUGAUUCAAAAUUAUUGCCUGAGCCUGAAGCUGAUGAUGUUAAGGUAGACCUUGAAAUUCAGCAAAGCACAAAUUUCAGCUGUGAAAAUGAAGAAGAAUCUCAAAAAUCCGUAUAUGGAAACUUACAAUCUGGGGUUGAGCUACCCAAUUCUUCACUGGAAACAGAUUUGGAAAAUUUAGAAGUUAAUUGGGUGGAGCCUGUCAUGAAAGUUAAUGUGGAAGCUGUUGAAGGUUGUGAACCUUCCAAACAUGAAACAAAUUAUGAUUCCGAGCUGGUUAUAAGAAGCAAUUAUGAUGAGGAUAUAGACAUCUACGGCGGAUUGGAAAAUGAAAAGGAAAAUGUAACAAAUUCUGCACCAGUCAUCUCUGAAAUUCCCUUAGCAGAGUUGACAAAUAGGCCUAAAGAAAGAUACAGCUACAUGAGAAAGAUGACAGCAGAGAAUCAGGAAAAUGCAAGAGAGUUCAAUCCACGACCACCUCGAUUGCUUCCAUUGAAGCCUGAGCAAGAAGUAGAGGUAGUCAACCUCAAGCAUCAAAGUGUAGAGGAAAGAAAGACAGCUGAGGAGUGGAUGGUAGACUAUGCUCUUCGAAACACCCUAGGAAGAAUGGCACCAGCCAGGAAGAGAAAGGUAGCAUUGCUUAUCGCUGCUUUUGAGUCUGUCAUUCAGCAAGAGCAGUCUACGACUGUGUCAUGA